AUGGACCUCGACAUCUCAGACAUUCUAGCCUCAGUAUCUCGGCCCUUCGACCGCACAUCUCAAUCACAAAGUCACAUCGCAUACUCCGACACCGACAACUUCACAGACCACCAAUUACUCACCAGGGCAUGGACUUCAGAACGCUGCGCACCGGAUUUACUUCCAUACCCAAAGGAACUUAUGGCACGCGUCAUGUCUCGCGUGCAGGCUCAGAUAUCGCGCAUCGAAGAUCUAGCUAGUGGCGGCGGCGAGACAGGCAAGGGCCAGAACACGAACUUGAUACUGUCGAUACUUCAGACCGAUCUGUCGCGCACGCAGUUUCUGGUGCGGAGUUUCUUGAGGCAGCGGCUUGCGAAGAUUACGAAAUUUGCCGGCUGGUAUUUGAGUCGAGAUGUUGAGUCGGAUACGAAAACGACGUAUUUGAGUGAGGCCGAGGUCAGUUUCCUACGGGGCCAUCAAGCGCUCUUGUCGGAGUUUUAUGACGCGAGUUUCUUGACGGCUGUGCCUGUGGGAUUGAGACGGUUGGAUGAUGCGAGUGGGGGUGUUAAUAUGGUUGAGGGGCCGGAUGGCGGGCAGGCGGUUGUUGUGCGGUGUCUUGGUGAGAUGUGGACGAAUGAGAGGGAUGCUGAUGGGGAGAGGGAUGAGGCGGAAGGUGCGAAUGUUGAGUUGAGGAUGGGAAGAGGGGAGGUGUGGGUUGUUAGGUGGCGGGAUUGUAGGAGAGGAGUGGAAAGGGGGGAGUUGGAGGUUUUAUAG